GUUUUACAAUUCGCCUCCGCCCCAGCACAACCACAGCAAUACAGCGACGUCGUCACGGCACUCCUCCACACCAGCCGACGACCACACGCCCAGCACCACCAACGGCAGCACAGCACCGCCCCGCUACCUCCGGGCAUGUGACAACUGCCGACGCCGGAAAGUCAAAUGUGACGGCACCAAGCCCUCAUGUGCGCACUGCCAGCGGGUGGGGGCAUCGUGUCAUUAUAGCAUCAAGCCCAAGUCGCGGCGGACAUGGAAGUGUCUUGAGACACCCGUGGUGCCUACGGACCCGGGCAGCGGCCUUGGGGGGCACGAUAGGACGCAGGACGACUUGACAUCGAGGCUGCUGGCGCGCGUCGAGACCAUGGAGCGGCUGCUGCUGCAGCGGAACAGUGUGAGCUCGCCCCGACUCGCCGGCCCAAGCAGUGGCUCUGUUGGGAUGGGACUCGCUGUAUCGGUGGCAGGCAACAUAGACGAACAGCGGCAGGGCAAGCAGGGCUUCAUGAUCGGCGGGCCGUCUUCGGGGAAGAGAAUGUCGGAGAGCGAGGGCAUAAGCCUGUUUGGUACUAGCGGUGAGCUCGGCGAGAACACGGCUGGCGCUGGUGCCGAGCGGUACCUGUGCCCUACCCUGCCGUCGAUAGAGAUCAUGAGCGAGCUAAUCGACACAUUCUUCGCCAUCAACGACAUACUGGUGAUGAUGGUCAACGAGAAGGCAUUCCGGAAGCAGUUUGCAGCCGGCACAAUGUCGCCGCUGCUGCUGUAUGCGACGCUGGCGUCGGCCGCGCGACACUCGAACAGCCCGGCAGUGCGCACAGACCCGCCCCACAUGGCAUCCAUCCCAUUCAUGAACAAGGCCAAGACGCUGAUUGCCGACGCCAUCGACGAGCCGUCGCUGGGCAACGCGCAGGGGCUGAUGGUGAUGUGCUUGAUGAGCUUCGCUAUGGGGCAGGAGAACUCGUCGACAUCGUACAAGGCGCUGACGUUCAACAUGUGUAUUCUGCUGGGCUACAACCAGCUCGACAGCGUUGAGGGCCCGGUGCGGCAUACGCACGAGUGCGGCGAGCCGAUGGUGCCCCAGGCUGCGCUGCCCAUGGAUUCCAUGGAGCGGGAGGCGGCGAGACGUGUGUGGUGGACGCUCACGAUCAUCUUCUCCAAGGUCGCCUGCCUGGUGACGCGCUCGGGCUCCGACAUCGAAGACGCGCUGGCCGAGUUUAGCGAGCUCAACUCGGUCCUGCAGCGGUGGUACGAAAGCCUGCCCAAGGAGCUGCGGCUGUCGAGUGUCAGCUCGGCGAUAUUUGGCCAGACCAACCCGUUCGAGUACUACCAGGUAUGUGUGCUGCACAUGCGGUUCUACGCGACUGUGAUCCAGCUAAACCACGCGAUUCCCGAGUUCACCGACGACCCGGCCAUCAUCGAGCCGGGCCAGCGCAAGUGCGUGAUAGCGGCAUCGCGCAUCAGCGACAUGCUGCGGUCGUCGUUUGAUAUCCCCGUCAAUGCGCGAGACAUGAACUGGUACAUGUGCGUGUUCCGCGCCGCACACAUCCACAUCUACCGCCUGCUCUCGCGCGACCCAGAGUCGAUCUCCAGAGCCAAGCAGGACCUGGCGGUGCACCGGAAGCAUUUGCGCGAGGGCGGGGCCCUGUGGCGGAUCUGCUACAAGCUGCUGAGCCGGCUCGACGACAUGGAGCAGAUGGUCAUGCUGCUGCCUGCGCAGAUCCCGGUGCAGGACCUGGUCAAGCUGAAGCGCCUCACCAAGAAGGGGCGGUCGCAGCUGGUGAACAUGCAGCUGGACUCGCUGAUCAAGCCCGACCUGUUCCAGGCCGCGAUGCAGGAAAACGACGAUGUGCCAUUGCUCGCUCGCAAGGAGAUCAUUGCCCAGACGCAGCACCCGGCCAGUGCAUCGGUGCUGUCGGGUGUGCUGCACAUGCUGGCUGGCUCCGUCGGCUCCGUCACCACCACCGUCGGCAGCCCUGGCAGCGCGGGUGGCAGUCUGCCGCCGCAGCAGCAGCGGCAGCAGCGGCAGCAGCAGACGUUCUCGCCAAAUGCCGCCGGCGGUGGCCCCCAGGACAGCGCAGAAAUGCAGCGCCGGAUCAGCGUCCUGCAUGACGGCUUAAAUAGCACGCAGCCGGCGUCCAUGCCAGUGUCGCAGGCGCCGAUCGUGCCACCUGCGCCUAUCGCGCUGCAUCCCGCCAACGUCCAGCCGAUCAACACCAACCUGGUGAUCGACAACAAUAUGGCCGAAACCCUUGUCAACUACUUUUACAUGGUGGCCAGCUCGCAGAACCAGCGGAGCAGCAGCUCGACUGAGCGCACCGGCUCGGUGUCGUCGACCAGCGGGCCUGCGCUGCCGACGAUUGGCGCGGCGAUGGUCAGCCAGCAAGGCGGCGCGCUGCCCGACCUGGCGUCGCUGACGUCGCCGCAGUCGUUCCUGAGCCUAAAGGAUCAGCAGCCGCAGAUGGGGUCUGUGCAGCAGAGCCCACAGCAGCUGUUCUCGAAUGUGUACGAUCCGGCAACCAUGCAAAAGUUCCCUGAUGACAACGGCUCCUUUGUCUGAUUUUUCUGCCUUUUACAUUCGUAUCAACAAACGCUUUAUC